AUGGAGGCUGCUGGAGGAGGAGAUGUGGUGUCAUCAAGAACUGGGCCUCAAACGAUGACGACGUCGUCUUCUCCUUCAUCACCAUCUGCACUUCUGCUACCAUGCAACCUUCCUCUCCUCUCUGCCUUGCUCGCCUGUGCUCUCGCUCAGUUCCUCAAGCUCUUCACCACCUGGUAUAAAGACAGGAGAUGGGAUUCUAAAAGAAUGCUUGAUUCUGGUGGAAUGCCUUCUUCACAUUCUGCAACGGUCACAGCUCUAACUGUGGCUAUAGGUUUGCAAGAAGGGACGGGAUCACCUGCUUUUGCCAUUGUUGUUGUCUUGGCAUGUGUUGUGAUGUAUGAUGCUUCAGGGGUCAGACUUCAUGCUGGUCGGCAAGCUGAAUUGCUGAAUCAAAUUGUCUGUGAGUUUCCUCCAGAACACCCAUUAUCCAGUUCUAGACCUCUGCGUGAAUUACUUGGGCAUACUCCCCUUCAGGUUGUUGCCGGAGCUAUCCUGGGAUGCAUUGUAGGCUACCUGAUGAGAAAUACCAAUUAG